CGGCGCUCGGCUGGGCUCGGCUCGGCUCGGUUGGGCUCGGCUCGGCGGGGCAUGGAGCAGUAGCGGUUCGGCUCCUGGCCGUUCCGGACCGUCCCGCACCGCCGGCCAUGGGCGCGGAGCGCAGGGGGGAGGCGGCGGGAGGGCCCCGCGGUGGCUGCGCCUGCGGCGGCGGGAGCUGGCGGCUCUUCCUCGGCUUCUUCGCCCUCUCGCUGGCUCUGCACGUCCUGACCCUGGGCUGCUACCUGGAGCUGCGCUCCGAGCUCCGCCGAGACCGCGGCCCGCAGCCCGCGGCUCCUCCGCGCCGGGACGGGACGGCGGCAGCCCCGGGACCUCCCCCCCCCGCCGCCGGCCGCCCCCAGAGACCCGGGGAGGGUGCGGAGCGGCGCCAGCAGCUGGCCUUGCUGAACUUCUUCCAUGCUGAGGAGAAGCUGCACGUUGGAGAGGAAGGGAGACGUGUCCGGCGGAACAAACGGAGUAAAGGCAGCGAAGGGCCGGAUGGUUCAAGUUCAGUUAAAAACAAGAAAAAGGGGAAAAAGGCUGGUCCUCCAGGGCCCAAUGGUCCCCAAGGGCCACCAGGUCCUCCUGGGCCCCAGGGUCCCCCUGGCAUUCCUGGCAUCCCGGGCAUUCCCGGCACAACCGUGAUGGGACCACCCGGCCCCCCCGGCCCACCAGGCCCUCAGGGACCACCUGGACUGCAGGGACCCUCAGGUGCCACAGACAAGGCUGGCUCCAGAGACAUCCAGCCAGCUGUGGUUCACCUUCAAGGCCAAGGCUCUGCAAUCCAAGUGAAGAAUGAUCUUUCAGGUGGAGUGCUCAAUGAUUGGUCUCGCAUCACCAUGAACCCCAAGGUGUUUAAGCUGCAUGCCCGCAGCGGGGAGCUGGAGGUACUGGUGGACGGCACCUACUUCAUCUAUAGUCAGGUAGAAGUAUACUACAUAAACUUCACAGAUUUUGCCAGCUAUGAGGUGGUGGUGGACGAGAAGCCCUUUCUGCAAUGCACUCGGAGUAUUGAGACUGGCAAGACCAACUUCAAUACCUGCUACACAGCUGGUGUCUGCCUCCUCAAAGCCAGGCAGAAGAUUGCUGUGAAAAUGGUCCACGCUGACAUCUCCAUCAACAUGAGCAAGCACACGACUUUCUUUGGGGCCAUACGCCUAGGGGAUGCUCCAGCAUCCUAGAUGAACUGGGGACGUCCAAGGAUGCUGACAGAACUGCACAGUGCUGCUGUUCAUAAGUGUAUCAGUAUUGCAGGGGUUCUGUAAUCCAGCCAUAAAGAAAAAACUGAUCCAGAGCUAUUUAUUCCUAUAUGUGAAUGCAGGAAGCACAGCUGCCUUCUGUUGACUCGCCUGGAGACUUGGAUCCCAAAGCUGGUCGGGGGGGGAAA